UUUUUAUCUGAGUGUUGCAGACAGCGUGAAUCAUUCAAGCUAUAUUAUUUUAAUUGUGUUGUUUCUGCUAUCCAACAAUUUCAGGAUCAUGUUGGAACGUCUACAAAUAACCUUAACGUUCUAACACUGUGAGUAUCGUCAUUGUUCUCAAACUCGCUACCCUGAAGCCUUCUGAACACCAGGAGUAAGGUAACAACGCCACUAUCAUAGCUAAUAGGGAUAUCUAAAACCUUUACAAUCCAGUGGCGUCAUUAGAAACGUUGUAGAGGUGGUAUUUGCUCCCUUGUCAGCAGGCCGGGUAUAGAAUGGAUAGGCUGGUGUGGUGUAGUUAUUAUGUUUUAUGAUAAAUUUAUACUCCAUACAUAUUGGUGAAAAUAAGAUGUGAAUUGGGGUAAAUUUCUUCUCAAACUAAAGUUGUAUUCAUAUAGUAGCUAAUAGUUAAUAUAUUGAGGUAUUCCUCUGUGUGUAUAUUUAUUUUUUAGUCAUUGUUGUCCCUCAAAAUAAUCUUUUAUUUAUGCGUAUUUUAAUAAGUAUUAAAUUAUGUAAAAAAGGUAUUUGUAUAGAAAUAGAAAUUUAGUUAUGACAAAUAAUUUAGUGAGCGUAUUUUUUUUGUUUUAUUAUGGGUCGGUCAAAAAGUUUGCCCUCCCAUCUGAAAACCUAAAUUGAUACCACUGAUUAUUACCAAAAACUUACAUAUUAUAUUGCCCUGUUAUCUUAUUUAUUUUCCUUUUUUGUGUUAUUACUUUAGUUUGUUUUUGCCUGUCAUUAUUCUUAGUGCUUAUUGAUAACAUUUUAUUACUUGACGUUUCUAUUGUAAUUCAUUUAAAUACCUACCUAUUUUAAUCUUAAAUAAUUAAUCAUUUUUGUUCACAGCAUUUAACAACAGUAACUUAAGUCGACACAUUUAUCAUGGACGUUAAUAAAAGCUUUGAAAAUUCUCCUCUUAAUUCAAUGUGAGUAAAUGAGUCAAAAUUAAAACAAUAAUGAUAAUAAUAUUAUUAUGAAAAAAAAAAUCACUAAAUUUCAUUUUCUUCUAGUCUACCUACAAAAACUACAUUACCAUGUCGCGUAGGAGUCAUCAACCAUUUUUAAAAUUUAUCAAACUUUCUGCAUUUAAAAAAUUUGUUAUGACUUAGAGUUUUUUGUGUAAAAACUAGCAUAUUCAGAAAACUUCAUUUAAAGUCAUACAUUUUAUUUGAUUAUUGUACUAUAGGUAGUAAUAAGCAUUCAGCAUGUAAUAUUUCAUUUUGUGUAAAACAAAUGUGUAAUACUUGUUCUUGACAUGAACUGUCUAUUGUUUAAUCCACAAUGAUGGAAAAAUACUUGGAAUAUUUUAUUUGUUUGUUUGAGUUUGUUAAUUGUUCAUACAAAUUGAGACAAAAAACUUGAUUUAAGUUUAUUAGUUGAUUAAUAUUUGAGUUAUUAUUAGUAUGACCAUAUAUACUUUUCGGCGCUCCCAGUAGAUGUUUUUAACUCAGUCAUUCCGGCGAUGUUUCAAUGAUUCAAUGGUAAAACCUAAAUACAUGCAACAGUGAAAAUAUGCAAUUUAUAAUCAAAUAUUUAUAUUAUAUCUAUGUAUAUAAAAUCGAAUCAAUAUACUAUUUGUGACCUAUAAGGUAUUCCGUAAAUUAAAAAAAUAAUUUGAUAAUUGGCGUUAAGUUCUGCAGUCACAUACUUCCAUAACAAUAGAAAAUUGAUGAUAAAUAAAAUGAUUUAUUUCUUAUUAUUUUUAGAUUAAUUAAACAGGAAAUGAUCGAUGAUAUACCAUCUUAUAAUUCAUAUUACAAAGACAAAUCACUGCCAAUAAAGUGAGUAUUAUGUUAUUUCAUGUUUUACUGUCCAUGUAUUUUUUAAGUUAAUUUUUUUAAUCUUAUCUUAUAUAAUGAACACAGUAGUUCUCAACCUAUGGUCUAUGGCCCUUUAGGCGUCCGUGAUACUCAUGUUGGGUGGGGGUCUGUGGCAGCCCUAGUACACAUAACAUAUGUCAAUACGUGACAUGAAUGCAUUAUUACAAUAUUGUUGAAUUAUUAUAUUUUUUUUUCUUGUAUACCUGUUGAAUAUCUCCAGAGAUAAUAUAAACAACCAAAUUCUGUUAUAUAUAUAUAUUUUAUACAUAACCAUAAAAAAAAUCUUGAGCCAAUGUAUCAAGUGUAGCAUUUUUUCUGGAAUGACAUUUUAAUCUAGUUGUUACUAUUAAAAGGUAAUUUUUCCAAAAGAUUUUCAUACAAAUUAUGAAAAACCAAACUGACAAAUGUUUAUGUCAAUGAUUUCAUGACUUAAAAUUUUUGUAAUUUAUGUUUUCUAAAAAAUUCUUCAAUAGAAAAAUUAGAAGAGACCUUUGUUUAUUACAUUUUGGAUCAAGUUAUUCAUAAAUAAGUCUAUUUUGUUUAUAUUCGCAUAGUUAUUUUUAAUAUUUGUGCAAAACAGAAAAAAAACAUUUUAAAGGAACGUGAAAAUUGAAGAGAAUAAUGCUUUAAUUAUUUUUAACUUUGUUGUAAUUAAAUUUAAAACUAUUACAUUACCUACAAAUAUUUUACAAGAUUUUUACUUAAUUUUUAUUUGGUAUGUACUUUGUAUAACUUGCUAGACUAAACAGAAAUAUUUGAAAAUUUAACACAAGAUACAUUAUAAGUUGUAGUGGUCUAAAAACACAAAUUGUAAAUCUAAUGCAUUUAUUUUUUUUUUUUCAUAAGUGUUUUAAGAUCAAAUUUUGACGAAAAUUGUAAAUAUUACAGUUUUUCAAAACACGUUUAACUGAACUUCACUCCAAAUUAUUUUUUUGUUAACAAUGGAUUAUUAUUGCGCACAGAUAUAAAUAAAAUUCCCAACCAUUUUGUACAAAUACUGAUAUUGUAUAUAAAAAUUAUAAUUUACUCAAACUUUAAUAACUUUAUAUAAAAGAAGUUUUAUGUAACUUAUACUCCUAUAAUUAUAAUGUAUUUAGUUAUAAACAUAGUUAUGGUACAUACUAAAUUUUAAAUAACACUUUUAGAAUGUUUAAAUGUUAUAUUGUGUUCGGUAAAUGAAAUCCCCAUUAUAUCAGUUUAUAUUAUUGUAAUUUUAUUUUAAAUAAUAUUAACAGGUUUGAUAACUUUAACACGUAUAAGAAAUAUGUUAUUUAUAAAGUUACAAUGUAUCAAAUUUGAAUAGUAGCAAAUAAAUUAGUUUUCUUUAUAUUUUGUUUUUAAAAUUUAAUUAAUUUUAUACCACAUUGUUAUCUUUUUAUUUUUAUUUUUAUUUUUAUUUUUAAAUUUGUAAACGGUGAUAAUAAGUACGUGGGCUGAUAAGUAAUGCCUUUUAAAAUGUAACUUAAACUGUUUUACAUAGAAAAAUGAAUUAAAAAUACAUGUAUAGUAAAUUAAUCACUUUAUUUACCUACUAUUAUUUUUCAAGAUAAUUGCCUUCUAAGGCGUUACACUUUUGCCAAUGAUUUACUAGUUAAAAUAUCGUUCAAAUAAAAUUCUAUAAUUUGAUCGUUUAUCCAUCAGUUUAACUUCAACUUUAAAAUUCUCCUCAGAAUUGAAUUGUUUAUCCUUGUGAUGUUUUUUAAGCUUGAUAAAUAUAAAAAAAUUGCAUGAGGCCAAAUCUAGGCUGUGGAUGUAGAAUGAAUUGAAAUCCUAGUGUUUCAAUUGAAUUCAAUUUUAAAAUUCAUAAAAGUUUUUCUUAAAAAAUGCUUUUUGUUUUCUAUAAAAUUGUAAGAUAACAUAAUUUUCCCUUUUGAUUUUGUUAUCAUUGCUUAUUAUUGGGUUAUUAUUAAAAAUCAGAAAAUAUUCAUUCUACAAAUGUAUUAUUAUAGAGAGCUUAUAAGACUAUAUAAACCAUUUAUUCACUUUUAUAUUUUUAAAAGUUUUAAUAAAUUUAAACAUUUUUUAAUAGAUGUAUCGGUUUAUUUCUUUCACUUUCAGAUCAAUUAAAAAAGAAAUGGGUGAUGACGCAACAUUAUAUAAUCCUUGUUAUAAAGAUAAAUCAAAGCAAUUGGAGUGAGUAUUAUUUAAUUUAAUGUUUUACUGUUUGUGUAUUUUUUAAAUGUAACUAUAAUUUUAGAGCAUGGCGAGGGAUCUACUGGUUCCACUGAGUAUUUGUUUUUGUCUAUAAACAACUUUUUUUUACAGAAAACUUGCUCCAAUUGAAAAAUUUAGUAUAUUUGAGAGAUCAUUUUAAAAUUGUUUAAGAGGUUUCCGAAAUGAAAAGGAAAAAUCAGAAAUAUUUUUUUAUUAUUAUUAUUUAUGCUAAUUCAGUUGAAAAAAUUUGUAGAGAAGUGAAAUUUUCAAAUAUUUUUGAUCUAUUUAUUGGCAUUUUUUAAUUAUAUAAUUUUUAACAUAAUACUUAUUUGGUAAAUAGUAUGUUGAUAUAAUUGUCUGAUCGAACAGAAAUGAUUGAACAUUUAACAUGACGCUCAUUCUAGGUUGUACUUAAUGAUAAAUAAAAACUUGAGUGUUAUGAGAUAGUAAUUUUUUAAAAUAAAUUAAAUAUUACAGCCUUUCAAGUUAUGUUUAAAUAAGCUUUGCUCAUAAUAAUAUUUUGUUAACAAUAGUUGGUCAUUUCUUAAAGAUAUAAAUUAAACUUUUUAAAUACCCCAGAGGGGUAAAGAGUGCAGUUACAAUUACACAAAAGAUUAUACAAUAUAAAUUUAAAUAUUGAAUAUUAGAUUAUACAAAAAGAAAAAAUUGAAACAAAUAAUAAUAUACAAUGAAUUCAUGUAGGUUAACUAGUAUUGAUUAUUAUAUGCCUUAAUUUAAGUUGUGGAUUAAAAGAAAAAUUAAAUUUAGGUACAUUGUUACAAGCAUCUAAAAGGCAAUACUAUCAACUAUGUUUAAUUAUAUUUGUAGAACAUUAUACUAAGAAACGGCGAUUAUUUCUUGUGUUGAAUGUUGGAAUUUCAAAAUUUAUCUUUGUUGGGAAUUCUGGGCCUGAUAGUUUACCGUCUAUUAAUUCAUGGAUAAAAGCUAUGUCAUUAUAUAACCUUGCUAGAGGAAAGUGAUUCUAAACCAAAUUCUAUAGCUAAGUUAUCUAGUGAGACAUCUGUUCGACCUAAUUUGUAGAUCUGUACAUUAAUAGUGGGUUUAUAGUUAAAUAAAGAAUCUAUAUUUGUUUACUGACCAGCAGUGAAUAGUCUGAGUUUAUGUAUCUUACUUUCCCAAUUUCCCACCCAUAACAUAGUUAGCACUUAUAUUAAAUUGCAUUUAUAGGAUAAUAAUGACUUAACAAUUAACUAUUAACACAUAAAUGGUGAUGUAUCAUAUAAAUAACAUAAAUUAUCUUUUGAAUUGGUUGAGGUUAGGUUAGUUACACAUUUUAUUGUAUUAUACAAUCUUUGUAUAGGUUUUUAAUGAUAUUAGUGAUUAUAAUGAUCAUUAUAUUUUUCAGGUUUUUAUGCAACACUAAACAAGAAGGUGAAGAAAUAAAUGUCCAUAUUAAAAAAGAAGUAGACAUCAUUGAUGGUUUUGUUUAUGAGAGUGAGAUUGUUAUUGAAACUGAUUCAAUUAAAUCUAUUUUGUACCAAGAAUCACAAUUAAAAGACAAAUAUUUUGAAUGCUCCUACUGUAAUGACUUAUUUUUGUCAAAAUCGAAUUUCAAAUUGCAUAUAAAAAAUCACAUGAAAGUUGAUGUAAGUCUUCACAAAUGUGACGUCUGUGAAAAGACAUUUUCCUUAGAACAUAAUUUAAACAGACAUAAAAAAACUCAUACAAGAGAAGAAUUUUAUAAAUGUGGAGAGUGUAAAAAAACUUUUGCUCAAUUUGGCCAUUUAAAAAAACAUAGUAAAAUUCAUAUUGAGAACAACUCUCACGAAUGUAAUAUAUGUAAGAAGUCAUUUGCUCUAAAAUUCAGUUUAAAGAUUCAUGAAAGAAUUCAUUCUGAACAAAGACCUUACAAAUGUGUCAUAUGUAAUAAGACAUUUGCUCUAUUAAACAAUUUAAAAAAACAUAAUAUAAUCCAUACCAAAGAUAAGACAAAUGAAUGUAGUGUAUGUAAGAAGACAUUUGCUCUAAAAAGCAAUUUAAAGAUUCAUGAAAUAUUACAUUCUAAUGAAAAACCAUAUGAAUGUGGUACAUGUAAUAAGAAAUUUGCUCAGUUAAGCAAUUUAAAAAACCACGAGAAAGUCCAUACUGUAGGAAAAUCAAACGAGUGUAGUGUAUGUGGGAAGAAAUUUUCUUUAAAACAGAAUUUAAAGAGACAUAAACAAAUUCAUACGGGAAAAAGCCUUUAUGAAUGCGAAAAGUGUAGUAAUACUUUUACUCGAUUAGGUAAUUUAAAAACCCAUAUUAAAAUUCAUACGGGAGAAAAAUUGUAUAAUUGUGGUGUAUGUAAUAAAUCAUUUUUUAAAAAAUACACUUUAAAGAUUCAUGAACGAACUCACACUAAAGAGAGACCCUAUGAAUGUGACACAUGUAAUAAGACAUUUACUCAGUCAAGCAAUUUAAAAAUCCAUAAGAAAAUCCAUACUAAGGAAAGACCUUAUAAAUGUGGCAUAUGCAAUAAGACAUUUGCUCUUAAAAGUACUUUAAAGUACCAUGAAAGAACUCAUACAGAUGAUAAUCUUUUUAAAUGUAAUUUUUGUAAGAAGUCAUUUUCAAGAAAGGACCGUUUAAAUGUACAUAAAUUAACUCAUAUUGGAAAAAAGCCUUAAGAAUUUAAUGUGUGUCUGCCGAUUUGUAUUUCUUACAAAUACACUUUAAAAAUUUACAAAAGAAUUCAUAGCGGGAAAAGAUCAAACCAGUGUAACAUGUGUAGUGAAACAACAAGAAAUUCUUAAAAAAUUUAGAACUGGAAAAUUGUGUAUUGUCUACUUAUGCCAUCAAUCAAUAUAAUUUUAACCUAACAUCAAUAUUAUAGUAAUUGAUGAAUUUGGUAAAGGAUAUCCCGCUUCUUUUUGUUUAAGUACAAAUAUUGAUGAGGUCCACAUGAUUUUUUUUUUUCAAAAAUUAAGGAGGUGGUUGGUUGAUUUGUACCAAGUGGAUUUAUGAAUGAUUACUCCGGAAUUUUGAAAUUCAUGGCCCAAGGCAAUGUUCCCUACUCCAAAAUUACAUUUAUUAUGUAAAUGGCAUAUUAAUAAUAAUAAUUAUUGACAAAAGAAUUUAAAGAAAAUUGCUGGAACACAAAUGGUCGAAGAUUAUAAUUUAUAACACUAUGUGUUCGACUGGAGAAACCUGAUGUAACACAGUUUGAAAAACUUCUUAACUUACUUCUAGAAAAAUUAGAAGUAGAAUCAACUUUACAUAUCUUUAAAGCGUAUUUUGUGAGUCAUUGUGUUUACCGGAAAGAGUCAUGAGCUGCAUGUAACAGACAUGAAGCUAUGCUAAACACUAACAUGGUAUUAGAAGCGUUCUAUAAAACAUUGAAAUAUGUAUAUUUAGAUGGGGGAAAAAAAGUCAACGUCAAGACACACUUCUCUGGAAUUGGCUGAAAACUAUGAGGGACAAAAAUGUUGAGCGACUUGUGAAGUUGUGCAACGGUGGAAAAGUAACACAUUAUGUUAAUGCUAUUAACAGUUGUCGUUUUUCUGCAGUCAAAAUUUAUAGAUCUAAAAUUAAUAAAACGUCAGGUAUUACUUGGACUGUGG